AUGGCCAGGACCCUUGGUGACCAUCUGCUAAACACCCUGGAGGAGCUGCUGCCCUAUGACUUUGAAAAGUUCAAGUUCAAGCUACAGAACACCAGCCUGGAGAAGGGCCACUCCCGCAUCCCCCGGGGUCAUCUGCAGAUGGCCAGGCCAGUUAAGCUGGCCAGCCUGCUGCUCACCUACUAUGGGGAGAAGUACGCUGUAAGGCUGACCCUGCAGAUCCUGAGGGCCACCAACCAGCGUCUCCUAGCAGAGGAGCUUCGUAAGGCCACAGGCCCAGAACAUUUAACUGAAGAAAAUAGAAUUGGUGGUCCUGUCCAGUCUUCUGGAGAGAAUAAGCCCAAGAGUGUGAAGGUACCAGAUGUCCCGGAAGGUGAUGGGACAAGGCAGAGUGGUGAUGGAUCGGAUGGCCUGCUACCCAGCCAGGCUGAAGUGGAGAAGGGGUCCCAGAAGAAGUCUCUAGUCAAAAGGAGAGAUCCAAGGGGCCCUGAAAGCAUGGACUCACAGCCCAAGCCAUGGGCCAGGGGCACAGCACCACCCCAUAGAAGAAACCCGGGCACUACCCAGUCCCCAGGGGACAAGGAGAGCAGGGCAAGUGCCCAGCUCCGCAGGAAUGCCAGCUCUGCGGGAAGGCUGCAGGGACUCUGCAGCAAUGUCCCAGGGAAGAGAGAUUGCAAGAAAGCUGAAGCAUAUCUGCCUUCAGGAAAGAAGCGACCUAAAAGUCUUGAAAUUACUACUUAUUCAAGCCAAGGAGAACCCCCAGAUUCAGAAGGUCUUCUGACUCCAGAGGAGACAACGGAUGGGAAUCCACACUUGGCUCCUUCUUCCCUGAGAAUAGCCGUCCUGAAUGAAGGGCCUACUGGGGCUCUAGAAAAGGGCUCAGAGAAUCCAGAACCUUCCAUGGUCCCCAAUGAAGAAACAUUCAGGAACACACCUUCCAAAACAUCGUUGACUGGAGAGGAGAAAUGUACUACAUCCUGGAAGGAAAAUGGAACUGGGAGUCCAGAGAUCCCUGGGAGCUCGGGGAAGAUGGCAGCCAGCACGUGCUGUGAGUCCUGCGGUCCAGAAGAGCCUUUGCCACUGUGUGGAAAACCAGCCCAAGCCCCAGAAGACCCAGCAUCCUUAGGAUCGACAGCUUGUAAAGGUAUCCUCCCCUGCUCUCGCAAACAUGACGCAGGCCCAGGAGGAUGCACAUUUUCACAUCUUGCACAAAGGGUUGCAUCCGAUUUCAGAAGGUCACAGGACAAGGCUGCAUGUCCUCUUUGCCACACCCAGAAAGGAGACCCGCAUGCUGGUACCUGUGUGCAAAGUUUCUGCAGCUGCUCCAUUGCUCCUGGGGAUCCCAAGGCCCCAGGCAAAUGCUCACCCAUAUGCUCCCAGUGCCAACGUUCACUUGCAGGAAAGAACUGUGGAGACCAGAGCCCCCAGCCCCUACCACAGUGCCCACGUCACAUGAAGCAGGUGCAGCUGCUCUUCUGUGAGGACCACAGGGAGCCCAUAUGCCUCAUCUGCAGGCUGAGUCAGGAACAUCAAGGCCAUCGAGUGCGUCCCAUGGAGGAGGCUGCACUGGAGUAUAAAGAGCAAAUCCAGAAGCAGCUGGAGCGUCUGAGGGAGCUGAGGGGAUGUGUGGAGAAACACAAACUACAACAGGGAGAUAAGAAGACAAAGAACUUCCUGAAACAAACAGAAACCCAGCAGCAGAGGAUUUCAUGUCAGCUAGAGAAGCUGUACCAAUUCCUGGAGCAGCAAGAGCAACUCUUUGUGACCUGGCUACAGGAGCUAGGCCAGACCAUUGGCAAAGUCCGAGAGACAUAUGACACCCGAAUUUCCCGAGACAUUGCCCUCCUGGAUGAAAUUAUUGGAGAACUAGAGGCCAAGCAAGACCAGCCAGAGUGGAAGCUGAUGCAGGACAUUGGAGUCACGUUGCACAGGGCCAAGAUGGUGACUGUCUCUGAGCCACUGGUCACUCCUCCAGAUGUCAGAGAAAAGAUCCACCUGCUCUAUCAGAGAUCAAAGUUUGUGGAGAAGAGUAUGCAGUAUUUCUCAGAAACACUGCGCUCUGAAAUGGAAACAUUCAGUGCUGUGGAUGAGGCAAAAUGGGGAGGGCAUUGGUCUAGCAGACUACAGGCCCAGGGUUUGAUUCCCAACAUGAACCUAAAAUGGGAUGGUGGAAAUGCACAGGACUAUGCUAUAGUACUUUACCCAGAAGUGGAAGCUGGGGGAUCAGAACCUCAGGAUUACCUUCAGCCUCAGCAAACCCAAGGCAUGCCUAAGCUACAUGAGACCCUUUCUCAGAACAACAAACGAAAAAUUAGAUCUCUCUUGAAAUGGAAGCCUUCAUUUAUGGGGAGAACCUAG